AUGUAUCCCUUUGUAAUGGAUAGUUACUAUAAAAUAAAAGAAGUAAGACAAAAUCUUAUUGCUCCUGUAGAUGUUAUGGGUUGUUAUUCAGUCCCUAGUACAGUAGUAGAUACUAAAUUAUACGUCUUAAUAUCUCUAAUACUCUCUGCACAGACAAAAGAUGAAGUUACUUAUCAAACAAUGUUAAAUCUAUGCUUAUUUCUUAACACUAAAGAAUCUAAUGUAAGAUUUACACCUUUAAAAGUCAGUUAUAAAAUAUUUUCUAAUAUUUUAUAUUUAAAAAUUAACAGUAAAAUUUUUAGAUACGAAAAAAAAGAUGGAAAAAUUUUAGGACCAGAAAUAGAACUACAAGAAAAUAGACUUACUUUAGAGAAUCUAGUAAAUGAGACAAAUUUAAAACAGCUUAUAACACCAGCGGGGUGUUAUAAUAAGAAAUAUGAGACUAUAAAAAGUUUAGUACAUUUUGUACUUAAAAAUGGCUACCCUUCUUCGCUAAGUGAGUGUCUUAGUAUUAAAGGGAUAGGUAGAAAGAUAAGCAUUUUAUACCUUAAUAAAUUUUAUAGAUUAGAAGGGAUAAGUGUAGAUACACAUGUACAUAGAAUAUGUAAUCUACUGUACAUCUGUAAGACUAAAACACCAGAUGAGACAUCUAAGAUACUAGAAACUAUUAUAGACAUGAAGGAGUGGAGUGAAUUUAAUAGUGUACUGGUGGGAUAUGGACAGGUUUUAUGUAAGCCAAGGGGACCUAAGUGUACAGAAUGUAUAGUAAAAGAUAACUGUAGUAAUUUUAAAUGA